CCUCAGUCAUCGUAUCUUGCUAUAAGAGACAGAGAUCGCCGAUUCGAACAGUCGUCGUUGGGAGUAUACUGAUCGACAGUCUGUGAAAGUCAAAGAUGAAGCUAAUUAUUUUUGCUGUCUUACUGUGGGCAGCCAGCAAUGAAGCAAAGCUGCAAAGGAUAAAACUUCAUCGCAUGAAGUCAACACGCGAAACACUUCUCGACCAUGGCAACACCCUUGAAGCACUACGUCUCAAGUACCAGUUGCAGAGUUUGAAUAGAAUAAAGAGUCCCACCCCAGAACCACUGUCAAACUACCUAGAUGCCCAGUAUUAUGGAGUGAUUGAUCUUGGUACACCACCACAGAGUUUUAAAGUGGUUUUUGAUACGGGUUCAGCCAAUCUAUGGAUACCGUCAAAGAAGUGUGAUCUUCUGGACAUUGCUUGUUUGCUUCACAACAAGUAUGACAGCACAAAGUCCAGCACCUAUUUACCUAAUGGAACAGCAUUUGCUAUUGAGUAUGGCACUGGUAGUUUGAAAGGGUUUCUCAGCACGGAUACACUGACAAUAGGUUCACUCAUCAUUAAAAACCAGACUUUUGCGGAGGCAACCUCACAGCCUGGCAUGACUUUUGUUGCGGCCAAAUUUGAUGGCAUUCUGGGCAUGGGAUACAAGACCAUAGCAGUUGAUGGUGUCACUCCACCUUUUUAUAAUGCUGUAAAUCAGGGUGGUGUUAAAAGUGCAGUGUUUUCAUUCUACCUGGAUAGAGAUCCUAAGGCCAAGGAAGGAGGUGAGCUGAUCCUUGGAGGUAGUGAUCCUGCACACUAUACUGGUAACUUCACUUACCUCUCUGUUACCAAAGAAGGAUACUGGCAGUUCAAGAUGGAUGGUGUGACAGUAGGCCCUUCAACUCCAUUCUGCAAAGGUGGCUGUUCGGCUAUUGCCGACACAGGCACGUCACUGAUUGCUGGCCCAUCAUCAGAAAUAACUCAGCUGAACACAGCAAUUGGGGCCACUCCUUUGCCAGGUGGUGAGUACAUCGUGGACUGCAGCAAGAUCCCCACUCUGCCUGCUAUUACCUUCACACUUGGGGGCAAGGCUUUCACACUUGAUGCAACUCAGUACAUUCUUACUGUAUCUCAGUUUGGCCAGACGCUUUGUUUGAGCGGAUUUAUGGGCCUUGAUGUACCACCACCAAUGGGUCCGUUGUGGAUUUUGGGAGAUGUGUUUAUUGGUCCCUUUUACACAGAGUUUGAUAUGGGCAACAACCGUGUUGGAUUUGCGGAGACAUCUGGCACCUCAGCACAGUCACUGAAGUUUAAGCCUGAAGCACAUUAAUGGACCAGCUGUUUGUGAGAUAAUGAAACCUUUAGAAUAACAAGUUCUUGAGGCUAUAUGAAAUUAAAUAAUUCAAGAAAUUAGGUUUAGGAUACCAUAAUGCUAGGACAAAUAUAUGUUAAAAUAAGUUUUAAAAUUGGUGAAAUGAAAAAAGACAUUGGGAGUUGUGAUGUCAAGUUAAUUAAUAGUUAAACAAAUUUUCUGCAGUCACAAAAUUAGGUUUUCUUUUCAUUUGUGAAUGCAUUUUGGCUUUGAACAGUACUGACUCCAGUCAGUCUUUAUACAAUUACAGCUCAGUUGAGAGUUGAUAGUUCUGAGUCCAGAUAACAGCUAGUUGUUGCACAAUCCUAUACUUCAGAUUUUGCCUUAAGUGUUCUAUUCUCCAGUUUGAUCGUUGUCCUAUUGGUAUCUGCUGUGUAUGCUCUGCAAGCAGUGAGCUCUCUUAAAAAAAAAAAUUUAUUCAUUGUAAUUGGAUUAUUUUUUUUUGGUUGUUGUUUUGGUAAAGAUACUUGAAAAAGCAUACUAGUGAAAUUUGAUUGACAAAGUUGUUUUUGGUUGGAAAAAGAGAUUAGAAACACCACUAAUGAGAGCACCAUUAAUUCAUGUUAUGCAUUAUAAUUAACCAGUACUUUUUCAUGCUUUGGGAAAUGUAGAAAUAAAUGUGUGUAAAAAUGAUUGUCAGGUAUGUUAUGUUUGGCUUUUGUGGAAAUGUUUAAGUGUCAAAGAAGAGAGCAUUUAUUGAUCUAUUACUCAUUUGGGGACAUAUGCAGCAUGUUGUUCCUGUUAGGCUUGCUAGCUUGUUUGCUCAUAUUAUGUUGUGUUCUGUGAAAUACAGCUCUCUUUCAUUGCAUUCAUACAUACAGUGAGUUCUUUGACAAACUUCAAAUAAUUUUUGAUCAAGUCCCUUGAAAAAGCUAUGAUUGAAACAUUGUAUCUUUUGGGGGUCAACAACUUUUUACAAAUGCCUUGUCCAUAGAGCAGAUCAUAGUUAAGCUAGGAUCUUCACGCCCGCUCACUCAAGGUAAAUGCAAAUCAGAUCUCGACUCUGAUAUACAUAAUUUAUUUCUGUUUGGAUGUGGCACCAGUUUACCAGGACAUGAUGACUAGUCCGUUCUGUUGCUGAUGGCAUUAAGCAUUACUAUCAGUCUACAGCCCAGUAAAGUGGGUUACAUUAUGUAGUCAUUCCAGCAAUGUCUUCGUGUUGCAAUAGAGUUGUAAUUUUUAUUCAGCAUAAAUAUGUAUUUCUUUGCCUCUUAAUUUCUGCUGUUGAAAAUGAUGCUGAAGUGUGGAGGAAAGUGUUUUGAUGUAUGCGUAAGAGCCCAUUGCUGAAUGCAGAAGAAUAGGCUCUUGCAGCAGAGUGAUUCAUGCCAUCGUGGAUAACGUGAGAUACAGAAAAUAGAAACAUUUCGAAAAAGUGCACAUCAUCAUAUGGCAAAAUACUGCUGCUUAUCAAACAAGGAAAGGAACCUCUUUAAAAAAAAAUUGCAUUUUGGAUAGAAGACAGUAUUUCCUGUUCUGCAAAUGAAUUUUGGUGGCUUUAUCUGAAAAUGUAUUGUUAGUGCCUAUUUGACUACUUAAAGACAAACCUGAAUGUUUUUUUGCAGCUAUCAGUAGAUAUAGGCGAUAUAAACCUUAGCUGUAAAUUUCAGCCUCCAAAAUUCAUCCAUUAAUUAUCCGCUAUGAUUUGCACCUGCGAUCAACAAGCGCCGAUAACAAUAUACUAUGUCUCGCUAGUGCACCAUUCACAAGGUUGCCAACAGUCAACACCAGUCACAGGAAGAAUGAGCGACAGUUUGAAUUAUUCAGAUGCUGGAAAGUCGGCAUUUCUUGUGCUUCUGAAAAAUUGCUACUUUAGCACGAGAAAUGCAGACUUGCAAUGUUUGAAUAACCUGAACUAGUGCUCUGUUUGGUGUUGACGGCUGGCAGUGUUGUGAGUGGGGUACCAACGUGACGUAGUACACCAUUACUGGCGUUUGUUGAUCGCAGGUGCAAAUCACAUACUUUGCUAGCCGAUAACAGAUGGGUUUUGGAGGCUGAAAUUUACAGGUUAGGUUUAUAAUGUCCAUAUCUACCGAUAUCUGCAAAAAAAUGCAAAUCAUUCAGGUUGGUCUUCAACAUACAAAAGCAAUCCAAUGUUUUAUAGGGUUCUGUAUAAAAGAAAGCUUACUGUUCCUACCUUUCAACAGUCGGCAUGAUUACUUUACCAUUUUCAUCAGGAAAUAAGCUACAUAGAACAUAUUUUUUUCUAUAGCUUUAUUAAUCUGCAAGAGUAUUCUGGUGGCUGCACAUAAUGUUGCCAUGCGAAAUUGAUGUGGAAAAUUGUUGAAUGUACAGGACUUAGCAUUGUUGCAGACAUUUAUAUAAUUUGAUAUCACUGAGUCUUAGACUGGUUAUUUUUUUUCUUCCAAAUUUCUUGGUCAGAAAAAAAAGUUAUGCAUUCUGUUUUCAUGUUGUUGGAUGUUGCUAGCACUUUUUGAAUUACCCCACUCCACACACCAGUUUUGUUCUUUUGCUUAAAAUAAAGAAUUUCAGCGUUC